UACGCCUUCCUGCACAGGUCUAACUCACAUCGUUGACUCGUCUCACUUUGUUUAAAUUUGUUUUUGAAUGUGACAGUUUAAUUUAAAGUGAAUAAUUUUUUUCUCUUUUUGCCGAGAUGACGACUAAUUUAAACACGAGCACCGCAGACACGGAAAUCGCCGAGGAUGUCUACGAGAAAAGUUUCAAUCUCAUCGCUAAACUUCAGGUUGGAGGAAUCGGUGCCAGUGAUAUAAAAAAAUUGGUCGAAUCUGGAUAUUGUACAAUAGAAUCCGUUGCAUACACACCAAGAAAAAACUUGUUAGCAAUUAAAGGAAUCAGUGAAGCAAAAGCUGACAAAAUUUUGACUGAAGCAAUGAAACACGUUUCAAUGGGUUUCACAACAGCAUCUGCAGUGUAUAUGAAAAGAGCUGAGCUAGUUAUGCUAACUACGGGUUCUUCUGAACUCGACAAACUUUUGGGCGGAGGAAUAGAAACUGGUUCUCUCACAGAGCUGUUCGGCGAAUUCAGAACUGGAAAAACCCAGCUUUGCUUCACUUUAGCUGUUACAUGCCAACUGCCUAUAGAUAACGGCGGUGGUGAGGGUAAAUGCCUUUAUAUCGACACCGAAAACACAUUCCGCCCAGAAAGAGUUAUGGCAAUCGCUGAAAGAUUCAACAUGGAUAAAACUCUCACGCUUGACAAUAUCAUUGUAGCGAGGGCAUUCAAUACAGAUCACCAAAAAAACCUUUUAGUCCUGGCUGCAGCCAUGAUGACAGAAUCCAGAUAUGCCUUGUUGAUUGUAGAUAGCAUAAUAUCGUUAUAUAGAACAGAUUACGUAGGAAGAGGUGAACUCUCUGCAAGGCAACAUCACCUUAACUUAUUUCUACGAAUGCUUCAGCGUUUGGCAGAUGAAUUUGGGGUUGCAGUUGUCAUGACAAAUCAUGUGAUAGCACAAGUAGACGGAGGGGCGGUGUUUUGUGCAGAUCCUAAGAAACCUGCCGGCGGUCAUAUAAUGGCACAUGCUUCGACUACCAGGUUGAACUUGAGGAAAGGACGUGGGGACAUAAGAAUUUGCAAAAUUUAUGAUUCACCUUGUUUACCUGAGGCUGAAGCUAUGUUCGCAAUUACUGACAAAGGGGUAAAUGAUGUUAAUGAAUAAAAAUUUGCCUCUUUUUAUUGUUUCAUGUGUACAUUUUUAAAUUAUU